CGACUCUGACAUGACAGUCAGCGUUACAUCAACUGAGAACAUAGAGGAAUAAAACAACCUCCUUUAAUAUAUUACAACUUGAACAAAGUAUUUACUGUUGUACACAAUGUCGCGGUACGAUUUGAAUUCGUUACAGUCAGAUUUGAGGAAGGAGCUGGGCAAUGGUUUGACUGAGGAGAAUGUAAAGUUAGUGAAAGAUCUAAUGUCUCGCUAUAAAAGUGACCCCAUGGACUGGAAGGACAAGGAAAAGUGGAGCGAUGUAAAGUACACACGGACUUUGCUGGACAAAGGUAACGGCCAUUACAACCUGAUGAUUCUGUGCUGGAACGUUGGACAGGAGAGCCCCAUACACAACCACCCAAACUCACACUGCUUCAUGAAAACACUAGAGGGCGUGGUCCACGAGGAGCUUUACAAGAAGCCGGAUAUGACGUCAUGUCAGUGUUCAUGCGGAUGCAAGAUGGAAAAGAUUGACGAUAGAGACUACGCAAUUGAUAAUGUUGCUUUAAUCACAGACAAAGAUGGCGUGCACAGAGUUGGAAACAAAAGUCACGUGGACAAAGCCGUGACGCUACAUCUCUACUCGCCGCCAUUUACCACGUGUCAUAAGUAUGACGACAACACGAGUAAAGAGAUGGAGGUCCCCAUGGGAUUCGAUCAGGACUUCAGUGUUCGGUGUUGUGGCACCUCAUGCUGUAGUUAAACAUUUUAUAUUAAAAAUGAUGUUCAGAUUUUUUUUACUACAACAUUUUAUCUAUGUACGAUGUAUAGAAAUUUAUGGACCUGCUAGGAAUCUCAAUGUUUUGUUUGAGUACGCCUUGCUAAAUGGUAUUUAUUGUAAUACUGAGAACGCGUGGUGAAAAAAAACAUGAAGAGGGAUUGCAUGACAAUUUGAUGUAUGCACGCAGUUUUUGUUAAAUUUAUGUUCUAUUUUAACACUAGUCACUAAAACGACGAAACCACAUACUAGUAGACGACACUAAAUCCGACUGACUAUAACAGACAAAAACAUUAAGUCAUAAUACAUAUAUAAAUUGAAAUAAGGUAUUAUCAAUGUUUUCAAUAUGUAAUUUGAUUGUCGUAAAUCAAAUAAAUUGUAAAAGAAAUGAACACUUGAAGGUUUCAACUUUGGCAUGUUAUCUUUUUAGAAAUGAUUAAUGUAGAAUAAAUAUCACUAUAUACAAUAGUUUUUACAUAAAUCAUUUAGCAUUGCUGUGAUACAUGGAAUAUUAAAUCUUUUUCUUGUUUGCAAAGGAUAGACCUAAGGAAUGAUAGUUGGGUUUUUUUUCUCAGAUGUUAAAUCUCAAUUUUGAACUUUUUGUAUUUGAACGUUUCUUGUUUUGAACAUUAGUUUAAGAGAUGAUUUUGUUGAGACUCUGUGAAAAUUUUAGUUGCAAAAAUCAUUAUGUUUUAUGGUUUUCACGUAUUCAUGACCAUCAAAAACACGUUGUAAUAUCCUGAAAUAAAGUUAAAACACAUUUUG